AUGCGGCGCGCCACAGUCGUGUCAAGAGCGGAAGCUCCGAUAGGUAACAGUAGUCGCGGGCGCAAUGGUGGCCUUUUCUCUUCUUCUUCGUCUUCCUCGAGUGAUUCCGACACUUCGAAUGGCGAAGAUGAUGGUAGAGCUAGCGUAGGAGCAGUUCCACCGCUUCUUGGGACCACAUCACGUAGUCGCUUCGAUAAUACGCUUUCUAGCUCAUUCUCCAGCGGCGAUGUUCGGCGUCGCACUAUGUUUUCUACCUCUGCAAAAUCGCUAGCCUUAUCUGCAUCUGUUGGAGAAAGUAGUAGACAAUUUGCAGAGCGGAAGGGGCUUUUUGAGGCCGAUGAUGACGCUGGAGACUCGCUUGAGACAUUCCAUGAGCGCGUGAAGCUUCGACAGAGCAAGAAACAGUCAGAGUUGAAGGCGCUUAGGGAAAAGCUAGACGCUGCACAGCAACGCACUGAAGAUCUGGAGAAAAGACUUAGUGCAGUCAAUAAGGAGAAAGAGGAGUGCGUGAUUCGCACGAAGGAAUGUCAACGCAUCAUUGAAAAGCGCAAUAAGCAGUUGAUGAAAGUAAGUGAGAGGAUGGCACGACAUUCUGAACAGUACGAGCUGCAAGUAAAUGAACUCCAGGCAAAGGUAGCCAUAUUGAGUACGCAGUGUGAUCAACUGCGAGCUGAUGUCACAGCGACAGAGGAGAUUAAUCGACGAGAACGCGAGUUGAAAGACCAAGAGCGACUUCGGGAGCUCGAAAUGUUAACAAGAAAACACAAAAUAAGUUUCGAAGCAACAGAGGCACAAUUUCGGGAACAGCAAGUUGAAAAUGCGCGACUGGCGGAAAAAUUGUGCCAAGUUGAGCAACAAUUGGUGGACACGGCUCACAAGCAGCUUUCUGUGGUGCAGAUAGUGGCAAGUGAAGAAUAUCAGAGCCUGAUGAAAAGGUGUGAAAAUGCAGAGGCGAUAAGUCGAGGAUUAAAUUUUCAAUUAGCGAAAGAGCAGCACGAGAAAAAGUACCUGCGUAAACAGCUGACUGCUCUUCAAGAAUCUGUGGGCGCUGAAACUGCAGCAGCUACAGCGGCGUCGGUGGGUUUUCUCCCUGAUAUGUUACAUUUGCCGAACGAUGGUGCUGUGAAUCCAAGGGACAGUGUUGCAACUAUCACUAGCGAAACCGAGCUUGCAAGCUUUGACUUCGUACCUGAUCACGAAACUAGUGUGGGUGGUUCAGUUAUUCUAGCAGCACCAUCGCUUCCUGAAGUAAGCUCACCGAUUCGUAAUAAUGUGAGCGCGACUCGUAGUCAGAACCGUUCCCGUGGAUUAUCUGCAUCGAGUUGUGCAGAUGAUGGUCUGAAAUUUUCGAUGAGAGACGGGAAACGCCGCGCAGCUUCUGUUCAAAUGUUUAAAACCGCCUUGGAUCCACCAGAGAAACCAUUGGAGGACAAACCAGCUGUAGCAAACGGCAAGUCAUCUGCUUCCUCAGUAACGUUUUUCGGGAAACUUUCUUCUCGUUUUAAGCGCACUUCAUCACCCCAGAACGUGCCACAUCCUGCAAAAGACGAAGAUGACGGUGUUGAUGACGUUCCAACAGGUGUUGAUGGCGUUCCAUCGCCGCUUGCUCAGCGUCAAGGAUUAGCUCAAAGCAAAGUUUUGAAGGAGCGUCCUCGAAUGUAUGUGGCCAGGUCUCCAUCACAUCACGAGGAUGAGUCAAGUGACAGCAUUUUUGGUAGCGAGUCAUCAUCAAGCGACUCGUCAGAGGAAGAUAUGCCGCCAUUGCCUCCCCCCCCACCGGCAUUUGUGCUUGACAUGUCACUACCUAUUGGUGCUUCAGAUGUGCCACGGCAACUGAAUGCUAUCACUGACGCGGAUGUGAGCAGCUCUAAUGAAUCAAACAAGGGUGACGAUGAAGAAGAUGAAGUACGUGAAGCUGUCGACAAGCAGAUUCAAUUUGUUGAUUCAUCCAAAACACAUGAGCAGAUUGACAUCCCUGGAGCUCCAUUGAAAGUCAAAAAGGCUUUAACAUCGUCUUCAUCGCUGUCACCGUCCUCAGACGAUGACUCUGACCACUCCAAUGCGGAAAUAAAGCAGCCAUUUAUCGAAGAUACAAAAAGAACUGUCAUUUUUUCGAUAAUAUCUUCUUCAUCGGAUUCUUCGUUCUCAGAUGACGACGAAAGUUCUGAUAGAAUAAAGAAUGAAGCCCGCAGAAACGUCCGAAAAAACAGUUUACUAGGCCAAGAUCGCUCCGAAAAACGAUCUUCACGCUCUCCACCAUCGUUAAAAAAUCGUGAAAAGAGCAGAAUUCAGAGUGGAAGCACAAGCAAAAGUCGAAUGAAUGAGUACAUGGAGGAUCGGGCGCGAAAGCGUAAUGCGAAAUUAAAACUGAAGCAGGAAAAAGAGCAUGAAGAGACGAAAAAGAAGGAAGCGUAUGAAAAAGAAUGGGAAAAAAUGGCACAAGAAGAACGCGAACGAAAACGUAAGCAACAGCAAGCGAGGCGCAAUGGGAAGCGACGACCGGCAAGCAUGAAAACAGUUCGUGUUUCACAAAUGCGACAUCAAAUGAAUAGCAAGCAACAUAAAGAACACAAAGAUUUUCAGCAUUUUUCGCCUUCUGCUUUUACUCAUAAACCGCGACCACACGGGAAUGAUGCUGCGAAUGUUGAUGGACGGCGUAGAAGUGAGAGCAAAACUUCAGAAAGUGAAGCUGAGGAAGAACAAAUAACGUCAACUGAGACGCCCCCACUACCGCCUGAACCAACUUUAGCUGACACAGAGCUGUAUCUUCGUCAACAAGCACGUUUACGCGAACGCCAUGAACUACAAUUGAAAAAAAAGCAAGAAGCUGAUGAAGCAGAUGCCAUUCGAGGAGACAUUCAUCGGCGGGUGGAGAUGUGGGCAUUCGGCAAGGAGCUUUUGCACUUGAUCCUAACUUUAGACCAAAUCUCAUCAAGCGAUGCGCUUAAGAAGUGCCAGCUGAUGGUAGUGCAAUCGCCUGACGAUGAUACAGUGCGCAAGGCCUAUCGGAGCAUUAUUCGGGUUGUUCACCCUGACAAAUUGCGCGGUGCGACGAUUUCUGAGCAAUUGGAGGCUAAAGAGCUUUUCACUGUUCUAAAUCAGUCGUUUGAGAAAUUCAAAAGUCAGCACAGUUGA